CAACCGCAGAAAUGCAGCCUCGCCUCCGCUUUUCUUCUUUCCUUUCAAAUUUCAACUCCGGGCGCCCGCUUUAAACGUGACAUUUCUUUCUUUCUCUUCACUUGCUUGCUACUGGCUCUAGGGUUCCGCUCAUCGCCAUGCUUCCUCCUCUCCUGUCGACCCUCCUUCGCCGUCAGCAUGGCCAUCGGCACUCUCUUCGCCGCUUCCUCCUUCAGCUUCAUUGUCAACCUUGCAGACUCUUUUCUACCACUACUUCAUCACCACUAAAUUUUCCACUCUCCCACCCAACCUACAUGAUUUGGGGCUCCAACACUUCCCUUGGCAAAACUCUGGUCUCCGCUGGUCUUGCCUCUUCCUUCCUCCUCUCCCCACCUGCGCAAUGCUCCAGUGGAAGGCGUAAAUUCGUCUACCUCAAACCUGUUCAAACGGGUUUCCCUUCCGACUCUGAUUCCCAUUUUGUCUUUGCAAAACUUUCCGCUAUCGCUUCCCGCUGCAAUCUUCCUUUCUCUUUCCUUGCCUCUAAUUCCGUCCUGAAAUCCUCUCUCUCUGCCGCCAAAUCGGUCGUUAGCAUUGGCGGACAUUUGGAGAUAAAUAAUCUCACUUUUGGAAUGCAUGAUUUGAACUUUCAUGAGAGUAACGCAGUUUUAAGUGAUGGGGAUUCGGUUUCGGAAUUAGUUUCCAAGACAUUGUAUGCAUGGAGGGAGGCUGUUUCGCCUCAUUUGGCGGCAGAGAGGGAGAAUGGAGUUGUGGAGGAUUCCGCUGUGGUAGAGAUGUUGCAGCAAUGUUUGAUAAAUGAUUUGGAAGUUAAGGGUGAGAAUGAGAAAAUGGAUGUUUUCUGUGUGGUUGAGACUGCAGGAGGGGUAGCCAGUCCAGGUCCUUCGGGAACCUUACAGUGUGAUAUGUAUCGGCCUUUCCGCUUCCCUGGUGUUCUGGUGGGAGAUGGGCGGCUAGGUGGUAUUUCUGGAACCAUUUCAGCUUAUGAAAGUUUAAAGCUUCGAGGUUAUGAUAUUGUUGCUGUUGUUUUUGAAGAUCACGGCCUUGUUAAUGAAAUGCCAUUAAUUUCAUAUUUGCGAAAUAGGGUGCCUGUAAUUUUGCUUCCACCUAUUCCACAAGAUAUGUCAAAUGAUCUGGUGGAAUGGUUUGGUGAUUCUGAGGAAAUAUUCAAUUCUCUGAAGAGAAUAAUGAUAUUAGCAUUUUCAGAAAGAAUUCAGAGAUUGAAUGACAUGCCCAAGAAGGCAAGAGAUGUUUUCUGGUGGCCUUUUACUCAGCACAGGCUUGUACCUGAAGAAACUGUUACAGUUAUUGAUUCAAGGUGCGGGGAGAACUUUGCAGUCUACAAGGCCCAAAAUAAUGAGUGCAUGAUUGAACAAUUUGAUGCAUGUGCCAGUUGGUGGACCCAAGGACCUGAUGCUACUUUACAGAUUGAGCUUGCAAGAGAUAUGGGCUAUGCUGCUGGAAGAUUUGGUCAUGUAAUGUUUCCUGAGAAUGUUUAUGAGCCAGCCUUAAAAUGUUCAGAGCUUUUGCUUGAGGGUGUAGGCAAAGGCUGGGCUUCUAGGACAUACUUUUCAGAUAAUGGAUCAACAGCAGUUGAAAUUGCCCUAAAAAUGGCAUUUCGUAAAUUUUCUGUAGAUAGUGGAAUCCUUCUAGAUUAUGCCAAGAAUAACACAGCUGAAACAUCCAUUGAACUAAAGGUGCUAGCACUAAAAGGAUCUUAUCAUGGUGAUACUUUGGGUGCAAUGGAAGCACAAGCACCAUCAUCAUAUACAGGCUUUCUUCAGCAACCAUGGUACACUGGCAGAGGCCUUUUUCUGGAUCCUCCUACAGUCUGUAUGUGCAACAGAAUAUGGAAACUUUGCUUUCCUGAAGGGAUGCGUUCUGGGAAUGUGAUUUGUAAAGACAUGGCCUUCAGCUCUCGUGAUGAUAUUUUUCACAAGAGCAGGGAUAAAUCAGAUCUCUAUGGAAUUUAUUCGUCGUAUAUAUCACAGCAAUUAUCACCAUAUUCAAGAUCAAACAGAACGAUCCAUAUUGGAGCGUUGAUUAUAGAACCAGUUAUUCAAGGUGCUGGUGGAAUGCUUAUGAUUGAUCCACUUUUCCAACGGGUACUUGUAAAUGAGUGCCGAAGUAGAAAUAUUCCAGUUAUAUUUGAUGAAGUCUUUACGGGUUUCUGGCGUCUCGGAGCUGAGAGUGCAGCAGAACUACUUGGUUGUGUACCAGAUAUAGCCUGCUAUGCAAAGCUGAUGACUGGGGGGAUGAUACCCUUGGCUGCCACAUUGGCUACAGAAGAAGUUUUUGAUUCAUUUAUUGGAGACUCAAAGCUCAAGGCCCUGUUGCAUGGACACUCGUACUCUGCUCAUGCUAUUGGGUGCACAGCUGCUGCUAAAUCCAUUAAAUGGUUCAAGGAUCCCCUGACAAAUCAUAAUGUCAUUGCUGAACAAGGGUUGCUUAGGGAGUUAUGGAAUGUGAAACUGGUGCAACAGAUCUCGUCGCAUCCUUCUGUUCAAAGAGUGGUUGCAUUGGGAACUCUAUUUGCUCUAGAACUACGAGCAGAAGGGAAUAAUGCUGGUUAUGGAUCUCUAUACGCACGUCCUUUUCUUCAGAGGCUACGCGAAGACGGUGUUUACAUGAGACCUUUAGGUAAUGUCAUCUAUCUUCUUUGCGGGCCCUGUGCAUCUCCCGAGAUCUGCAACCAACUUCUCAUCAAACUUCACACAAGACUUGACGAGUUCAGCCAAAGUUAAACAGCUGCAAGCUUCUAGUUAGCUCUGAACAGUAAAUUUCAGUCUGCAUUUUCCCUAUUUGAAAGAAAAGUGGUACCUUUUUAGGAUUAUUGUUAUGUGCUUUACUUUUGCAAAUGGGAUGCAAUCUUGCGGUCGUGUAAUAGCUUGGAAGCCCUCUACUCGAAGUGACGCAAUCCUAUGCAAAGAAUCCUUUAAUUAUGUCAUCCCUAGUUACAAUCUUAGCUUUUACGAAUUCUUAGUGCCGCAACUUAAAUUUAUAUGAAUGUGAGUUAUGUCAUCAUUUGAUCAAAUAUUUAUAUUUAUAUUCAUGAAUUUAUUAUA